AUGACGGUCGCACACGAUUUGGCCCAUCGAGGGUCCUCAUCCCAUUCCGCCAACACCAUGGCCCUCGAAGAUCGAUUUGAGGUUCUCAAGGAGAUUGGCGAUGGUAGUUUUGGCAGUGUCGUUCUCGCCCGAGUUCGUAGCGCAGGUGCUAGCGUGGCUCGCAGAGGGACGGUGGUCGCCAUCAAGACCAUGAAGAAGACUUUCGAGUCUUUCACGCCAUGCUUAGAGCUCCGCGAGGUCGUCUUUCUGAAGACGCUCCCUAACCACGCCCACCUCGUUCCCGCUCUUGACAUCUUCCUGGACCCCUACAGCAAGAAGCUUCACAUCGCUAUGGAGUACAUGGAGGGCAACCUGUACCAAUUGAUGAAGGCCCGCGACCACAAGUGCCUCGACAACGCCAGCGUCAAGAGCAUUCUCUUCCAGAUUAUGCAAGGUCUUGAGCACAUCCACGCACAUCACUUUUUCCACCGUGAUAUCAAGCCCGAGAACAUUCUCGUAUCCACCUCCUCCCACCAAGAUACCGUCACAUCCUUCCGCAGAUACUCCGCUCUCGUUACGCCUCCCUCCACUCCCCCGAACUACACAGUCAAGAUUGCCGAUUUUGGUCUCGCCCGUGAGACCCAUUCCAAGCUGCCCUACACGACUUACGUUUCCACGAGAUGGUACCGAGCACCCGAGGUCCUUCUGCGUGCCGGCGAAUACUCGGCGCCUGUCGACAUUUGGGCAGUUGGUGCCAUGGCAGUAGAGAUUGCCACUCUGAAGCCACUCUUCCCUGGCGGAAACGAGGUUGACCAGGUUUGGCGGGUCUGCGAAAUUAUGGGAAGCCCCGGAAACUGGUACAACAAGGCCGGUGCUCGAGUCGGCGGCGGUGAGUGGAGGGACGGCACCAGACUGGCCGGAAAAUUGGGUUUCUCGUUCCCCAAGAUGGCCCCCCAUGCCAUCGACACCAUUUUGCAAGCACCCCAGUGGCCCGCUGCGCUGAGCCACUUCGUUACGUGGUGCUUGAUGUGGGACCCCAAGAGCCGUCCGACAUCAACACAGGCCAUUGCCCACGAGUACUUCGUUGAUGCCGUCGACCCCCUUCGACCAAAGUCUUCCGCCUCGAGAAUCCUCGGUCGCAAGCAGUCGGAUCUGAGCCGUGGAAAGGAUUCGAACUCGUCCACCCCGACGUCCUCCAAGCCUUCUUGGUUCAGAAAGUCUCUGAUCGGCCGCUCUGAAAGCGCCGAGGUUACUGUGACUCAAUCCGUUUCGAAGGAUUCUACCCCGAGGCCUUCUCCCGUCCCCUCGCAGACGACCAACGAGGUCCCUGUCGCAAAGACUCGCCCCGCUCAAUCGAAGCGCACGACAUGGACAAAUGGCCCGUCCAACGUUGCUCCCAUGCCGAUACUCCCCACGAUUCGACCUAUUUCUCCCCUGUCCGAUGCCGUGACCGCCCAGGCAAGCAACGGAUACAACGACUCGUAUGCUAACGGCAACCAACGCUCCGCUCAAAUGGAUGAAAAGAAGAAGAUUGGCAGACAAUUGUCAGUCGCUUCAAGCACUAACCACUACGCCGAGAUCCACCGCCAGCAGGCAGAGCGUGCCCUUAAUGGCAACGGCGGUCUUGCGUCCCCGCCGGGCGGUCACAAGGAAAGCUUCUUCUCGCACCUCAGGAAACGCGCUCGUCGCUUCUCUGGCCGUCACCAGGCACCAAUGUCGCCCAACUCGGACGACAUCGAGGCCCAGGCUGGCUGCGGUCCCUGGAACAGCAACAGGUCGUCCAUGGUCAUUGACAACGCGCCUACUCCUCCGCCGAAGCCCGCUGAGAUCUAUGAACCCCUCGACAAGGCCCUUCGAGAUGUCCAGCAGAACCGUGACAACGCACCCGUCCCUCCUGCUCACCUCAUCACGCCCAACAGCACCCUGAAGAGACACCACUCAUUGCCUCAACAUCAGCCGCGCUCUGUCGACAAUAUCAUGGGAGCUGCCCGAGGAGCCGGCCCCAUCUCGAGCCGUACUCGCAGGUCUCAGGCAGUGCAGGGUGUACAGCACUAUGAUGCGCCUGAUGAGGAGGAUGAGCUUCUGGAUGAAGUCCUCAACUCGACACAUCGAGCCAUGAAGCGCCUCGAGAAGGAGGGCAAGCCUGGUCUGCGUCAAUCGGCCAGCAACAUCGCGAUGGCGAACCCGUACCCCACCCCGUCACCUUCAGCCAACGGCAACGGCGUUCUCUUCGGCGACAAUCACGAAGCGGUUACCCCCAAACCCCUGGACCUGAAGAAGUCAAAUGGUGCCGAGAGCCAGUACAAGUGGCCCACGCCUCCCUAUGAGGAGAGUGAAUGGGCUGCCUCGGCAUCGGCCAGCAUUUGGGCUGCCAGCAAUCGUUUCUAG